UCGAACAUCAUCUCAGCCUCCCGAACAACAACCAUGGCAAGCUUCCUCAAGACAGCAGCGCUCGUGCUGGCCGCGACCGCUGUCUCAAAGGUCUCAGCUCAGACUUUCUCCUCUUGCAACCCAUUGUUCAAUACGACUUGCACACCAAACACUGCCUUUGGCACGUGGCACGACUGGAACUUCACAGACUCGACCAUCGCCGACAACAAAAUCUGGAACACAACUGGUGGUCGUCAACCCGACUACACUGAUGUCGGCGCUCAGUUCACGAUUGGCGGCAGAGGCGACAGUCCAACACUCGAAUCCAACUUCUACAUCUUCUUUGGCCAGGUAUCGGUCAUCAUGAAGGCCGCACCAGGCGUCGGUAUCGUCUCCUCGGUCGUUCUUGAAUCCGAUGACCUCGACGAGGUUGAUUGGGAGUGGCUCGGUGGAAACAACACAAGCGUCGAGACAAACUACUUUGGCAAGGGCAACACAACCUCAUACGAUCGCGCCAUCUACUACGAUGUCGACGAUGUGACUGGAACGAUACACAACUACACCCUCGACUGGACAAAAGAGCAGCUACAAUGGAUCGUGGACGACAAAGUGUUGCGCACCUUGAAGUACGGAGAUGCCCUCAAUGGCAAAAACUACCCGCAAACACCCAUGAAACUCAAGAUCGGUAUCUGGGCUGGAGGUGAUCCGGAGUCAAACUCCAACGGAACAGUCGAAUGGGCAGGCGGUGUCGUCGACUACCACCAAACACCCUUUACCAUGACCAUGGAACGCGUCUACGUAGCCGACUACAGCUCUGGCAGCACCUACACCUACGGCGACAACACUGGUUCCUGGCAAUCCAUCAAGAUCGCCGAGGGC